AACCUGCCAUCAUCAUUUCGUCGAAAGAAAUCAAAGCAAACGGGAGUGUCAAAAGCGAAAAAAUAAAAUUUCCUCAUUGGCCAAAUCGAGUCGUAAUUAGUGAAUUUUAUCAAGUUUGAGCGAUUAUUGUGACUGUUUUCAGUAAUAAAAGUAGCAGAAACUAUUAGCAUUCUUGUUGGAAUUCAGUUUACAUCGGAAAAAGUAAAGCAAAAGAAGUAAUGGCCACGUCAUUCAGCAAUUUUUCUUACCAGCGCUUUAUGCGAAACAUGGGGCAGAAUCUUGAACCAUCGCUGCGCACCCAUCUCUCCAAAGUCUAUGCCUGCCUAACGGCUACAUGUGGAGCAGCAACAAUCGGUUCCCUCGUCCAUUUAAAUGGCAUUUGGGAAGCUGGUAUUUUGAGCGCUUUGAUAUCACUUGGUCUAGUCCUCGGACUGGUUUUCACUCCGGACAAUGGUAAAAACUUCCACAUUCGUCUGGGGAUGUUGCUCGGGUUUGGGGCCUUCACUGGACAUUCAUUCGGGCUUCUGUUGGAGCAGAUCAUCUUUAUCAAUCCCGCCAUCGUGGUCACGGCACUCGUCGGUACCACUACUAUCUUUACUGCUCUUAGUGCUUCGGCUGUGUUGGCCAAGCGAGGCAGCUAUCUUUUCCUGGGUGGAAUCCUGAUGAGCACUUUGAGCGCUAUGGCGUUGAUCAGCUUGGGCAAUAUAUUGUUCCGAUCCUAUUUUGUUCAGGAGAUUAACCUGUACCUGGGUCUUGCGGUUAUGUCUGGAUUUGUUCUAUUUGACACUCAGAUGAUUAUGGAGAAACAUCGUUUGGGAAGCAACGAUUGUAUUGCCCAUUCAUUAGACCUGUUCUAUGAUGUCAUUGGCAUCUUCCGUCGUCUUUUGAUCAUCCUGACCCAGAAGGAGCAGAACCAAGAACGUAAGCGGAAAAAUAACUAAACCAUUUUACGAGGUGUGUUUUCUUCUCAGUACAUUUGCAACAUAUUCAUAAUUGAUGAUGUACUACCUUACUAUUCGUGGUGUAUUUGGAGAAACAAAAUAUUAACGUCAGUGAAGAUGUAUUUCAAGGCGUAUCUAUUGAUAGAACCGGUGUUUAAAGAACCCAAAAUGUUGUAGUUGUUGGUGUUAAGGUCUAAAAAAUUUCAAACUUGAAGAAAAAUUUCACCCGAUUGGAAAGCUAUGGAAUUCAAAAAUAAAACUAAGAAGCUCAGCGUUUCGUAAAACAUUCGUUGGCUUGCACUAUUAUCCAGAUUUGUUAUCAUUCGAAUGUCAAAUCAAUUAUUUUGUAGUGGAGCGGUGUAAUACAUCUUGUAGUUCUUUUUUCAACAAUAAAUAACUAUUUACGGAAA